AUGAACUUUUUCAUUUAUCUACUAUUUGCUAUAUUUACAGAAUGUUUCAAAUUAGAUUUUAAAGUACAGACUAUUGAAAAUAAAGAGAAGCAUAAACGAGAUCAACUGUCGUUGCUAAAUUUCAAAUCUUUGAAAAAUGUGUAUGUUACACAGUUAGAAAUUGGUUCGAAUAAAGAUAAAGUCAAUGUUUCAAUCGAUACUGGAUCUUCUGAUUUAUGGGUUAUGGGUUCAGAUAUUCAAUGUUUCACAAUUGAUCAAUUACAUACUUUAGAAUCUCCAGAUAUUCCUGAAAUUUUCGAUGAUUUAGAUGAAAGUUAUUCUUGUUCAGAUAAUGGAACUUUUAGUUAUGAAAAUUCAACAACUUUUGAAUUAACAGACGAAGAAUUUUCUAUCGGAUAUGCUGAUGGAUCGGUUGCUUUGGGAUAUUGGGGUUCUGAUGAUGUUUCACAAGUUAGAAAUUUAAGAUUUGGUAUUGCAAAUGUUUCAAGUAUUGAUAUUGGUAUAUUAGGAAUUGGUCAAAAUGCAGAUUAUGAUAAUUUUCCAACUAAACUCAAAGAUCAAGGUAUUAUCAAUGAAACUAUAUAUUCAAUAUAUUUAGAUGGUGAUUCAGGAAGUGUUUUAUUUGGAGAUAUAGAUGAUUCUAAAUUUGAUGGUGAAUUAACUACAUUACCAAUGACCGAUAGAGCAUCAAUUAAUAUUACAAACUUUUCAAUUGGUGAUAAAAAUUUUGAUACAACUGAUGCUAUAAUAGAUACUGGUUCGACAUUUUCAACAUUACCAAAAGAAUGGAUAGAUGCAAUAGGGAAAGUAAUAAAUGGAGUUUACAAUGAAGAUGAAGAUGCUUAUAGAAUUGAUUGUAAAUCUUAUGAUCAAACAUUUACAUUUGAUGUUGAUAAUUCAACAAUAGAGAUUCCAAUUUCAACUUUCAUAACAAAAUAUCAAGAUGCUUGUUAUUUAGGUAUAAUGGAUGAAGCAAUAAUAGGUGGUGUAAUAUUUGGUUCUGAUAUAUUAAAGAAUUUAUAUUUAGUGUAUAAUCUAGACGAAGAUACAUUAUCAAUUGCACCCAUAGCUAAUCAAACAGUUAAACCUGCUGAUCUGGAAUCAACCAAAACUGAACCUGCUAAAACUAAUACCAACGAUGGUAUUAUGCUAUACCCAUAUUUAAGUUUUGUACCAUUAUCCAUGUAUAUAGCAUUUUUAUAUUAA